AUGAAAAGAGGAAUUAUAACUAUUGUUCUGGUGGUGGGUGUGUGCUUAUUUGUGCUAUGGCCUGUGAUUGUAAGCAUGUGCAGCGGCAGUAGCAGCAACAGCAGUAAACUUAAAGAGAGUGGUAAAACGGGAAAGAAAAUGCUAAGAGUGAGGCACGGCCGUCCGUUUGUCGGAUGCAUACCCAUAAAAGAUGGAAAGAUAUUCCUAAUCAAUGGAAGAACAAAUAAAAAGCUUAUAUUCCCAAAGGGUGGAAUUGAGAGGGGUGAAGAGGGGUACUACUCAGCAGGAAAAGAGGCCUUGGAGGAGGCAGGUCUCAUAGGAAACAUUGACAAGGCUCCCUUUGCUAUGAUUCAUGGAAUAUACUGGUAUGUUCUAGAGGUGACAAAGGUUCUUCCUGAGUGGAACGAAAAGCAUGAAAGACUUCGAAUUGAAAUGGAUCCAGAGAACGUCCUUUACCACUCUGAGGUGCGAGCAGUCACAAAGAAUGUGGUCAAAGAGCUAAUCUUACAGGAGAACCGAACAAAGAAUCCGCGUAUAAAAAACUCAAGUUUUGUCAGCAAUGCAGGAGAAGAGAAGAGUAAGCCAAGUAAGCAUAAAGCAAGUGAAUAA